UCUCUCGCUCUCGCUCUCGCUCUCCCUGUCUCUCUCUUGACAGCUGAUACCACGUCCUGAUCUGCCGUUGAUAUCUCCUCAACUACACAACGACGCCGAGUUGUGCCGGCUUAAAAAAUUUUCCAUCAAACCAACCGAGAGGUCUCCUAUACCAUGGCGGGAAACGGCGGCUUACAGGGGAACCUGGGCGCCCUGCUGCAGUGGAUGAUCUCCACUAACAGGGUGACAGUCCCUGACCUCCCGGCGGUGUCCGAGGGGGCGGGGGCGGCGGCGACGUCAGCAGCGGCGGCCGGCGCCGAUGCAGCUGCCACCGCGUCCGCCCUGAGCGCGCGGUUUCUGAAGGAGUGGGAGGCAGCUGGCUGCCCCGGCCGCCCCUCCCCUACUACUACGGCAGCUGGGCAGAGGGGGAAGCGGACGUUCGACCAUGCCAUGUCUACACACAGCUUGUACACGAGGCACGCGGAUGGAGCGGGGGCGGCGGCGGGGGCGGCGGCGGCGGUGGCGGCCGCUGUAAAAGGGAACGGCGCGGCGGCGGCGGGGGGAGGAGGAAGUCGGGGUUCUCCCAUGAUCGAGGGCAAAGGAACGUUCGCGAAAAAGCUGAGGAAAGCAUCGCCGGCAGACCGGGCUGAAGGGAUGACCUAUGCGCGGCAGGUGGUGUCACGAGUCCUGUUUUACACUUAUGUAUUCACCUUUGUGCGGCGGUAA